CGGGAGCUCGCAGAGUGCUCCUGCGACGAGGAGUGCGCGCUGUACGGAGAUUGUUGCCUGGAUGUGAGCCCACAGGCCCUGCCCCGCAACGACUUGGCAUGCAGGCGAUCCCCAGAUUUCGGGUAUGUGUACAUGGUGUCCCGGUGUCCGGUCCAGUGGCGGGACACCUCGGUGCGAAGCCAGUGUGCUCGCAACGCGGCGUUCGCCGAGGAUCCGUUCGCGGCUUUACCGGUUACAAGCCCCGCCAGCGGGAUGACCUACAGCAACUAUUACUGCGCCAUAUGCCACGGUGACUUAGCAGGGUCUGUGUUUUGGACGCCGGCGAUAUCCUGUCCGACGCUGACCAAAGAACACCAGGACGCCCUCAAUAUCACCGAUAUCUUCAUUGAAGAGAACUUACUGCAGAACCCUGCUGGAGAGUGGGGAUUGCAGCUGAUGGACGAAAACAACGGAACGUUUCAUGCGUGCGUAAUUUCCCUACAUUCGGGCAAUAACGACAAAGAACAUUUGAUGCGGAACUGUCAACCCAAGAUUUCCAGCUGUGCGGCUAACUGGACCAACCCAGACCUCGCCCGAAUGUGCGCCGCUUACAAUGCCUACAUGUAUCACGGCAGAAUCAGGUACCGCAACGCGCACUGCGCCCUGUGCAACUAUGUACCACAACAGUACAUUAUGUACUGGCCGGUCACCAACAAUUUUGCUGAGGGAAGGCGUCCUCGCAUGCAUUCAUCAGUCUUUCUUCUCGACAUCACCACCCGGUCGGGCAUGAACGCAGUGGGAGCAGCCAGGGUCUGUACCGGCGCCCGACUCUGGGACCCGUUCUUCAAGAUCUGCAGGGAAGUCUCAGUUUCCUCUGGCGUCACCAACGCCACCGGCUCCCUGACCUGCCCCAAGGUUACCGUAAACGAGUACCAGUUUCAGGUCAGCGACAAAGACGUCGCGUACGUGCCGACGUAUAACCUGAUCUUGGAUCGCGGCUAUUAUGAGCUCAGUGACGGACAGCUAGCCUUUUGUGACCCGCGUUUCCAACUUAAAAGGUUCCAGACCGCCUUUUCAUACGCCUUGGUGGCAUGUCGUACAGCGUCCGUGUUGUGCCUCCUGCUGCAUCUGGCGGCGUUCUGUGCAGUGCCCGAAACACGGAACCUGCCCGGAAAAUGUGUGACGUCCUUGUGCGUCUGCCUGCUUAUCGGCUACCUCUGCUCCAUGGCGGCAUUGUGGCAGGAUUACGGCACCGACGGCUGUGUUCUGCUGGCCAUUGUUGCUUUCAGCGCAUUCGCAGCAGCACUCUUCUGGGUCAAUGUUAUGGCGAUCGACGUCUUCAACACCUUCAGGAAAGCGAGCAGCGAGCUGACCGUCUCCAGGGGCUCUCAUUUGAAGCGGUUCAUCCUCUACACGCUGUACGUGUGCGCUGCCAGCGCGACGCUGGUGACGGUCGCCGUGCUGGCUGACGGGUCACACAGCGUGCCGUACAGCCUCUGGGCUCGCUUCGGCCGAGAGAUCUGCUGGCUGAACAACCGCGGAGCGGUCCUGGCGUUCGUCUUCGCACCAGUGUUUCUCGUCAUGACGACGAACGUGGUGCUGUUCGUCGCCAGCGCCUGCAUGAUCUCUCAGAUGUCGUCUUCAACGGCUCGUCCGGCCAGCAGGCAGCCACAGACGCACCUGGGCCUCUACUGCCGGCUGGCGGUGCUCAUGGGGCUGACCUGGACCGUUGAUAUCACAUCUGAAAUAAUGGAGGCCUCAGAACUGACCUACGUCACCCGCCUGCUACACGCCCUACGAGGAGUCUUUAUCUUUCUCGGGUUCACCCUGAACCGAAGCGUAAAGGCAUGGCUACUGGGGCUUGUAUCCAACGGCAUUACUGCCGUCCGCACUACUAUCACCUCCUCUAUAAACUCACCCGAGAGUGGUGCCAAUAGCCGGUAGAGCGGCUAGACACGGUGGAACUAGUGGACCCGAUGCAGCUGGUGAAGAAGACAGCUUGAGGAACCGGUGUAGCUGACAGCCGGUUAAGUGGACGCCAGCGGGUGAACUUGGCAGCCAGAGAAUAGUUAGGUCUGGACGGCUCGACAAAUACAUUCUUCGUCACCUUGAACGCCGCGUAGCCUGUGCGGGGGGGGGGGGCAGAAUUUGAACGACGUUGGUAUGGCGUGAUGCACACCUGAAUAACUGAAAUAUUCAGCAUUUCUCCGGGGGCGUGUAGCUCAGAAACUAGAAGGCUCUAGGUCUGAUGGGGUCAAAUGCCCUGUUCAUAUAAAAUGCUCCGCUUUCCCCUUCCCAAAAAUAGAACGCAAAUCACCAAGCAUGCCUCUUUUCAGCCAUUUCACCCACGUACAUUUUCACGGCGAUCCUUUCAUCAUGCGAAGGACACCUUUUUCACACCUAAUACUGAAUUUGUGAUGUUACUGAAUUGUUAACGUCCACGUACUCAAUCCUGGCUGAAUUAUUUUUUCCCUACGAAGAAUGCCAUGCCAGCUUUUCGAUGCGUAUUUUUGUCUGCGACAAAGCUAAAUUAUUUGCAUUUAUACUUUUCCAAUAAACGUAAUGCACACUCUUAAUUCAACUGCAAGAUAGUUACAUCAUAAUUAAAACGCAUCUCGGGUUUUUUAGACAGGUGGAAAGCUGUGCGACUGAUGUACUUGACUCGAUCUAAGAUGAAAACGACGUCCUCGUCGCGUCGCAAGUUCGUUUAGAAAUGCCUGUGUUCGAGUCUUGUCUGCAUUUGACUGCGUGUACCUAACAGGCACGAUGUAGCUGGCCGCCGCCGCGGCUGCUGACCGCUGGGUCAUCCAACCACUGCGCUGGUUGCUUGGUCUGACCGGGCCAGUUUCGGCCGACCCGUGUCACGGGGCCGUACUGGCUGCGCGACGUGCAAUUGUGUGAUGUGUAUGUAAACGCGAUUAGGCUUUCCGUACAGCUUGCAGAAUGAUGAGUGUAGUGAAGUGUUUAAUUUAAAGGUGUAACGUAAGGUUCCCAAGUAGACUGUAACCGUUAGGAUGUUAUCAUAAUAUAUGGGUUCAAUGCAAUUCCACGGUUGCUGGAUCUACAAGUUUUGGGAAUUUCGCAACCAGUGACGUACUCGCGGGCGCUUUAGCGGCUAGUUUGCUGGGGUAAUGCAGCUUUCCUCAAAGACACGGCCUCCUAAGAAAAAUUUUCUAAUACAAUGAAAGACUUUAUUGUUUGCUGUAAUAUCUUGAUUGACUUGUGCUAUUUAAAUAUAUCAGGAAAGUAAACCGGAGCAAUUUAGUAGAUAUUUCUGUUACAUACUUAACAUUUCAGCCGUGCCAAAUUUGAUGCCUCUACAAAGUCCAUUGCAGUUGUCGUUGCCAUGGCUACGGGCAUGUGUUCACGCAAUCUUACAGCAUGGCAUAAGUUUGCGAAAUCAAGUUUAAAGCGUAGCUGUGCUAUUUAAGCUUAUUCACAUCACUCAAGAUGUACUACGCAGAAUCGUGUCGCGGUGCACCUUGGAACAAGAAUGCGGCGGACACCGCCUCAUUAGUAGUGUUCAAUGGCAUGAAGGCAAGACGCGCAGUACGGCAUGAUAUCGCGGCUGCCGACAUAAAGCGCCUGUUCAGCAUUUUAAGCGCCAGGGUUCGUUCGAAGCAUUUUAUUGCAUUAAGGUUCUAAACGUGAUUUUAAGUUUCAACUACUACAUCUCGCAAAGGACCCUGCGCGCAGACCUGACAUGAACAACGCAAAAGGAAACACUUCCGGGGGCAGCGUCAACGCCUCCCCUGAUAAGACGGUUGAUGAGCUGAAGAAUACUGUCGAGGCGCCCUCCCCCUUCCUAAGGUUUCUGGAGGAUAUCUUUCCGGCCUGUCACACAAUCGUGACCAAGUUUCUGUGUGAUCUGGGGCAUCCAUUACGCGUGUUUGAACACAAAAAUGCAUCCGUGGCAUCUGGCUUCUGAAAAGUGAUCUCUUAUGUCAACCUUCGACCAGCGCGAGCGGCGGGCGGCAACCAACAAAGUCGACGCUGGCGGCGGCAGGCACGUCACCUGCUACGGUAACAGGAGCCCUACAUUAUACACAUGUGCUCAAAACACACAAAAACUAGGCGUCAUAUGCUCGGAACGAACAGCUGAAACGUUUGGUUAGCUUUUCCCCUAUCCGUUUAUGUUAUGAAAAAGGGGAGUCAGGGCGAGGGUUGACCUUUGAAUCGACGUUCAGACGUAUGAAUGGCGUACCCUGCUCACUCGUAAAGACGCCAAAAAAAUUGGUAAGCGCCGAUUUCAAGUGCGGGUGAUAAUGCCAAAUAACCGGGCUCAUAUGUCAAUGAAUGGACAAGGCGUCUGCGGGAAGUGGGACCCAGCCAAUACUUUUAGCACUAAAACUACGCCUGUCAAGCUGGCAGCACAUCUGUUAGAUUAGACUAGACCGUCGAUCGAAAUUCCGGGCCGCCACAAUUAAGCUAGAAGUUGACAGGCUAAUAAAAACUUGGUCCAUGCAUCUCAACUUACGACAAGCUUAAUUCAGCAUACAAGACUUCACGAGAUAUAUGCCCAUACUCAACGUUUCGAAAAGCUUGGGCACUGGCCUACGAGUGCACGCUUUGAACUCAUCAAAAAUGGUCCGCCCCCAUUGACCCUUAAUCUCAGCCUAAAAUGUUUCGGGCAGUUGUGGAUGCCCACCUUUCGUUUUCAGGUUUUGAAACGCGCAGGCUUCACAUUACUAGCCUAGCAAUUUUUAGCUAGAUCGUGAGGGCCCUGCAUAUCGAUGUACAACGUGAUACAAAACUGCUGCUAGUCAGACAGGCGUCCAAAAUUUGGCUUUAUGCUGGGUCAGGCAUGCCAGAGUGCCCAAGCUCUCGGCGCCCUGCCAGGCCAUGCUUCUGAUGGGGUAUUUGUUGUUCAUUGGUGUUUUCGGGCAAUCAAAGUAAAAUGCUACCGAACUGUUAUUACAGAUACUCACGCUAUCAUAAAAAACUCAGUGCAAAUUUUUACGGCUGCAUGGUUGAUUGUAGGUCUAGAUGAGUGCAGACUAUUGCAUCCCUUUAAGAUGUAUCGUAUGAAACGACGUUUUAUCACCCUAUGAAAUACGUUUUUUUGUAAGAGAUGCCGCCUUGGGUACCAAAACUUCGUUAGAUGGGGUCAAAGUGCUUUAAAAGAAGCGCCGACAAUAGUUAAUUAACGUGCACCCAUACCCACACGUGCACAAUAGUUAAUUAACAUUAAAUAGUUAAUUAACGUUAAUUAACAUGACCGGCAUUGGCCGAUUCAGGCCGCCCGAAGUAGCUCCCCACUGUUCCACUGGUUGGAUGGAGAUGGCAGGCUGAUCAGAUUCCGCGUCCCUGACCGCUUCCUGGAGCCGGUGAGCACGUUGCCGGGAGACGUGGUUCUGAUGCGUAGAAGGCAGGUGACGCCUUCCCGACUACAUCGUGCUAUCCGUUGGCCCGGACGCAAAGGCUCCGGCACAUCUCCGCUUGUCUCGAUGCGGAUAGCAUGACGCCUUGCUUGUCCACUGCUACGACCCUUUUGGUGUCAUUGCUGCUUGCUCUUCCUCCUGCAUUUUGUAAAUGUAUCAUUAUCUGGUAUCGUGUUGCAUAUCUGUCUCGUGUCUCUAUUUUACAUGUGCUUUACAUCCGGUAAAUCGCAACAUAUGCGCUGAAAUUAUUAGCUUGCUUGGGGUUGUAAGCUCUCUGCAUAUGGCCUGCAUUUCAUGGGAAGAAUUGUCGUUAUUCAGGGACGAGUUAUUCUUCCACCGACCUCCUCACCUAAUGCUGAAGGUGAGUUCGAAACGUCGCAUGCCGAUGUCACGCGUCCAAUAUUCAGUGAAUGCAAGAGGGCUUAAAGCGUCAAUCAUGCCAAGACGACUAACAAAUUUUCAAACCAACGUCAAACUUAGCAGCCUCACACACGUAGGUGACGAAUACAGGACCGAAUGUCAUGUGACGUUUAGACUAGAAUGACAGGCGGAUGAGGCAAGAAUAUGCCUCAGUGACUGAACAAAAUAGGGGCAAGGCAUCUGCAUGCACGAUGUUAGGAUAUUUCAAACCCAGCAAGCACAGUCUGUAUUCCAACACGCAGAACGCGUGGGGACGCAGGAUGUUAGCACGUAGGAAAACUGGACGAGUAUAAGCCCAAGGACAACGUAAGCGCCAUCUAUAUAACGGGUGUUGGUACUUGUAACGCCACCUAGGUAAGCGUUGCAGCACACGCGCAAAAUGACUUGCAGUUAAAAGCCAAGGCGCUGAGCUUCAAAGGCAUACGUGGCGUACGAGAGAACACACGUUCUGCCUAAUGUUGAAGGCAUUUCAGCUGUCUGCACCCUCUCAAUCUGCACAUUGGUUGCCUCGAAAAAGACCUUUUUCUAUGGGUUUACAAUGCUGUGGCCUGUCCAGGCGUCCCGCAGUAACGUCGGGGAGGGGUUACCAGAUAAACUUUGAAGGCUUCUGACGCCGUUCAAUGCCUACCAACGACAUAAUGCCCGGUUCGCCACCAGUGAGGUUUAGAAUAGUCGACAGCAUCAUUGUGCUAUGACUUAUCACCCACAAUGAUGCGGGCGCAAUGCCGUGUGUAGGUGAGCGGAAAUCAGUCGGUGGAGCAAAAAUUGAAGAAUAAUAUCAUGGAUAUUUAUGGCGAUGAAUGUUAGGACAAUUUUAUUCGAAAUCCGUGGCGGGAUGAACCCCGCGUGGGCUGAGGAAUCUCACAUUCAGUUCCUGCAUCUUGAUUGUUUAAGACUGUAACGGCCUCUUGACCGACUGAAGGGUGUUAAUGAUGGCAUGCAAAUCUGAUCUGGGAGCAGAGGCGGCGCAGCGUGAGCAACAUUGCACACUGAGUGUAUCUGGUCCCUGUGAUCUAGAGAAGGGUGCUGGACCUUCAAUAAAGCUGUCCGGGGAUUGAAGU